GAGAGCUCCUGCGGCUGGCUGAGGCAGCGCGAACUUCACGGGCGCUGCUGCCGCCGCCGCCGCCGCCACCCCUUUCCUCUGGGCUCGUUGUCAUGCCUACUCCGCGCCGCCCCGCGUGAGCCAGCGGAGGAGAGGAGAGGUCCCCAUGCCUGCGCUGCUGCCCGGCUCGCUCCCCACCCUCGGCGGCUCCUCCCGGGCUCGGCUCGGGCUGUUGCUGCUGCCCCUAACAAAGGGAUCCUCCGCGGCGGCGGCGGCCAGGUGGGAGAAGGAGAGCCCAGCGGGGCUGCGGCGGGGGGCAGGCGGAGGCAGCCGGGGCUCCUGCUGGGGCUAUUGUUGCAGCUAACGGAGGCGGCGGCGGAGGGCCGGGAGAUGGAAGAUGGACGGAGACGACGGUGGGGGAGAAGCAUUUGUUUGGGUUAAUGGUACAUCGGCUCAUUCCCAGAGCGUUGCCAAGGCCAAGUACGAUUUUUUGUUUGGCGGAUCAGAAAAUGACACAACAUCAGAAUCUGGUGGCCGUGGAGGCAGCACCCUCAUCCCACAAGUCCCCAAUGAAUUCCCGGAAUACGGGACCAUGGAAGAAAGUUCCAGAGCUUGGGAGACACCAUCUGCGAUUCACGGAGAGGCUAUAACGUGUGCUCCAGAUGGCCGGCCAAGUGAUCAGCUGCCUCCGAGGCCUCUUGAGAAUGGUAAAUCUGGAGGAGAUACAGCAUCAUUUUCUCAGGAGUUACAUACAUUCCCCAAGGAAGAAGAAACUGCGCAAUUGGUUGAUAAACCAGGAGGCAUUUUGACAGUUUCUCAAGACUCGGAAUAUGAAGAGCCACAGGGUAGAGAGAAUAAUGCUUUUGGUUCAGAGAUGCAGUUGGAAAAUGAGAGGUGUGUUGACAGAGCAGUUGAGGAGGUGGCCAGAGGGAACGUUCUUGCAGGCCAAGAAGACCCUUCAGAAAUGCCUCUUCCAUCUCGGGCGACAGCUGAGAGAAAAUUGUACUGGAUUACCGAAGAAGAUUCAACCAUGGUCUUAACUGUGGAAAUACAGCCUGAGGCCUCCCAAGUGACUGAGAAGGGCCACACAAGGUGUGAGAUACAUGGCCAUAGACCAUUGCAAGGGCCAGAGAGCAAAGAUGAGGGUACUGCUGGUAUUCUCCGUAGUGCCUGGGCAAAUUUUGAGCAGGAAUUUUCUGUGCAUGAUUCAGACAAAAUGGAUGAGACCCCUGAGAGGAGGCUAUCAAAAGAGAUGGCUGUCAGCAAACACGUGGAAUUUCAAGGGGUGGAAAUCCUUUGGAUACAAAAAGCUGAGGAGGAGAAGGGAAUAAGACACUCUGAAGUCAAUAGUGUAGAAAGGAGAAGUUUCUCCAGAAUACCAAUUGACCACACUUUAUCCACAGCCUCAUCUUCGUUGGUUGGUUUGCCUGAGAGCUCUUGCAGUGGAUCAUGGGAAAGCCUUAGGCCUUUAGCAUCACUGACUGAGGGUGGAGAGGACGAAGUCUUUGUAGAAGAAGAAGAAGAAAAGAGCUUGAUGGGGGACAGGAAAUCUGUGCUAAACAAAGACAGGGUAAUGGAGGAGGAAGAAGCGGUCAGUGGAAGACUGGAAGAUGUCCUUGGGCAAAGGCACGACGAAGUCUCAACAGAUGUGUACAGCUCGCAGUUUGAAAGCAUUCUAGACAAUGCCUCUUUAUAUUAUAGCGCCGAGUCGCUGGAGACUUUAUGUUCAGAGCCCGAUAGCUACUUCAGCUUUGAAAUGCCACUUACUCCAAUGAUCCAGCAACGCAUCAAGGAGGACGCUCAGUUUUUAGAAGGGUCUCCAGUCAGGGAGGCUGGGAAGGGCCAUUGUGGCGGCAUUGCCAGUGGAUUAGGAGAUAUGAAGGAGUCAGACAUCACAGAGGCCUAUCCCUUAGAAAGCAAUGCAAGACUGGUUGGCCCAACACCAUUAGAAGCCACGGGGGACAUGGGUAACAAUGAUCUUUUGGAAAAAGAGGCACAUGAGCACCUAAGCCACGAUCUCAUCAAUGGCAGCACCAACGGGAAUGUGGAAGCAGCCCGGAGGCUGGCGAAACGGCUCUACCAGCUGGACAGAUUCAAGCGUUCUGACGUAGCAAAGCACUUGGGUAAAAAUAAUGAAUUCAGCAGACUUGUAGCCGAGGAAUACCUUAAAUUCUUUGAUUUCACAGGCAUGUCUUUGGAUCUCUCCCUCAGGACAUUCUUCAAAGCCUUUUCCCUUAUUGGAGAAACUCAGGAAAGAGAGAGAGUUCUAGUUCACUUCUCUAAUAGAUACUACCAAUGCAACCCAAAUGCCAUCUCCACACAAGAUGGAGUCCACUGCCUCACGUGUGCAAUGAUGCUGCUCAACACGGACCUCCAUGGCCACAACAUUGGCAAAAAGAUGUCCUGCCAAGAAUUCAUUGCCAACCUUCAGGGAAUGAACGAAGGCCAAGAUUUCCCAAGGGAGCUCUUGAAGGCUCUCUACAAUUCAAUCAAAAAUGAGAAGCUCGAAUGGGCAGUAGAUGAUGAAGAGAAGAAAAAAUCCCCGUCUGAUGGUACUGAUGAGAAGGACAAUACAAACCAGUCCAAGUCUGCCAAUCGCAUCAGCAAUUCCAACAAUCCCUUCCUUGACAUUCCUCAUGACCCCAAUGCUGCUGUGUACAAAACCGGAUUUCUGGCCCGUAAAAUCCAUGCUGACAUGGACGGAAAGAAGACUCCUCGUGGAAAGAGAGGCUGGAAGACCUUUUAUGCUGUGUUGAAAGGAACUGUGCUUUAUUUGCAAAAGGAUGAAUACAAACCGGAUAAGGCUUUAUCAGAGGAAGAUCUUAAGAAUGCCAUCAGUGUGCACCAUGCAUUAGCAUCAAAGGCCACAGAUUAUGAGAAGAAGCCAAAUGUCCUGAAGCUCAAGACAGCCGACUGGAGAGUCCUGCUUUUCCAAGCCCAAAGCCCAGAAGAAAUGGAGUCAUGGAUAAAUAAGAUCAACUGUGUGGCAGCUGUUUUUUCUGCCCCACCGUUUCCAGCUGCUAUUGGUUCCCAGAAGAAAUUUAGCCGCCCACUGUUACCUGCCACUACAACCAAAUUAUCUCAGGAUGACCAGUUAAAAUCGCAUGAAGCCAAACUGAAGCAGAUCUCCACUGAGCUGGCCGAGCAUCGCUCCUACCCGCCGGAUAAGAAGCUGAAAGGCAAGGAAGUUGAGGACUAUAAACUGAAAGACCAUUAUUUGGAUUUUGAGAAAAUCCGCUAUGAAAUGUAUGUGUCCCUUCUCAAAGAUGGCGGAGGAAAAGAGCUGCUGAGCACCAGUGAGAAUGAUGGCCCAGGACUGAAGAAAUGCCAUUCGAGUCCUUCGUUAAAUCAGGAGUCUCCAGUUAGUGCCAAGGUGAAGCGUAACAUCUCCGAGCGGAAGGACUAUAGACCUGAAACCCCAAGCGUCAAGCAGAAGGUGACUUAGGGCAUCUGAGGCAGGCUGGAGGAAUAACAUAGCGCUCUCCCUUUGAUCACCAUUCCGUAAUGAAAACAAAACGAAAAUUAACACAUCUGCCUGAAUGGGGUGUUAGUGACAUUUUUCAAUUGUACAUUUUGUUGUUUCUGUACAGGUUGUUGGAGAUGUUUUUGGCUUCUGACUUGUGUUUGCCUAGUUAAUUUAUCUAUAGAGCAAUUGAUCCAAUCCUUU